UCCCCAUCCCAAGAAGCUGCAGCUCUGCUUUGGGCUGCUCCCAGCGGAUGGAUUUCGGGAUUUCGGGACCCCCAGGGACUCCAGAGGCCACGGGGAGGGGGGACGACCCCAGGGGGUGCCGGCGGCCCCCGCCGGCCCAGCUCUGACCCCGUUUCCGUCCCACAGCUCACGGCGGCUCUGGGGGCGCAGCCACAGAUCCUGGGGUCCCUCAGUGCCCCCCCCGUGAUCGCCACCCCCCUCCCCAGCGUCCAGGGGAUCCCGGGGCAGCUCCUGACCACCACCCAGGGCCAGGUGAUCGGGACCCUGCCGUGGGUCGUGGCCCCCCCCGGGGUGGCCGCGGCCGCCCCCGCGCCGGCCCCGCCCAGCCUGCAGGUGACACCGGUGACACCGCAGCUGCUGCUCAACGCGCAGGGCCAGGUGAUCGCCACGCUGGCCACGGGGGCCACGCUGGCCACGGCGGGGGCCACGCUGGCCACCGCCCCCCCCGCGCCGCCCCCCGGCAAGAAAAACGGGCCAGCUGAGCCCCCCAUCAAGAGCGAGGUGAG